AUGGGGAAGCUAAACUUCAGAAACCCAUCCAUUGAUGACAUAAACGACACUCCCAUCCGUGCAAGUCUAAAAGGACCAAGAGUGAAGUCUUAUGAUGGCACAGGAUACCCGGGAGACCAUGUAUCUAACUUCCAGUGGGCAAUUAAGAUGAUUCCCAUGAAUCCAAAGUUACGGUGCUUGUAUUUUACGGGAACACUAGAUGGGUUGGCUCGCUACUUGCUAGCAAGUCUUCCCUCAAGGAGCAUCGACAGCUUCGAAGAACUGUGCUCGAAGUUCUAUAAUAGUUUCAUACAGAAACAAAGGUUUCAGCAACAAGCCCAUUUGCCAAAGGCUGUUAGAAAUUUCGUUGAACCGGCUACUACGGCAGUUGUGGGAUUUGUCGGGCAAGCAGUGUGGCCUGAAGGGAGAAUCUCUUUACCUUUCACAUUGGUGGAAUAUCAAAAAGACGUGCGAAAAACAAUAUUAGCGGACUUCAUCAUCAUAAAGUCAUAUUCACCAUAUAGCAUGCUCUUGGGAAGAACCAAGAUGUACCAGCUGCGAGAUGUUCCAUCGAUAGUGCAUGGUUUGCUAAAGUUUCCUUCGGAACAUGGUAUCAUCACUCUCAGGAAUACCGAUAAGCACACUAAACUAAGCAACAUUGUAGAGCCUCCUCAGAAGGAGAAGGAGGCUAGUGCUUCGGCAGAAGAGGAAGAGGUGAUUUUGGUCCCUAAAAGUAGGGAUCAAUUAGUAAGGAUAGGGAUGGAGCUACUGAGCGAUAUCAAGCAUGGUCUGACAAAACUACUAGCCAGGUAUGCUGAUGUGUUCGCAUGGAGGCCAUGGAGGCCGGAAUAUAUGUCAGGGAUCCCUAGGUCCAUCAUUGAACAUUACUUAAACCUCAAUCCUGGUUUCCUACCUAUUAAACAUAAGAAGAGAAUAAUGGCGAGCAAACGGAAUGUCAUCGUCAAUCAGGAGAGUCUAAACGGGAAGAUGGCUGACUUGGGAAGAUUUUUGGUAAAGUCGAAAGAACAAUCGCUUCCAUUCUUCCGGUCACUCAAGAAUCAUCUAGGAAAGGGCACCAUUACUUGGAUGGAGGAGGCUGAAGAAUCUUUGGUAAGAUUGAAAGCGUACUUGGAAAAUCUUCCUACACUGGCUAGCCCGAAGGUCAGAGAACCUUUGAUAGUAUACUUGUCUGCCAGUCGGGAAGCCAUAAGCGUAGUGCUCGUGGCAAAAAGAAGUAGGAAGCAAGUAUCAGUCUAUUUUUUAAGACGAGUUCUACAAGAGGCGGAUCUAAACUACUCAAUCAUCGUGAAACUUACGAUGGCCCUGGUUUACACAAUGAUGAGGUUACGAAGGUAUUUUCUUGCACACCCCACUACCGUCCUAUCAAAUCAACCCAUCAAACAAAUUUUAAUGCAACCUGAGUGCUCGGGGCGGAUAACAAGGUGGUCCAUCGAGCUCGUGGAAUAUGAUGUUACCUAUCGACCAGGAACGAGCUUGAAAGCUCAAUCUCUGGUUGAGUUUCUGACCGAAAUACCAUAUGAAGAAAAGGCUAGUGCAUGGGUGGUGACAACGUCCAACACCGAACCCACCAAACCCCAAUCGAUGUACGACCUGCAGACCCUAUGGACGAUGUACACAGAUGGGGCCUUGAGCCAGAAUGGUUCAGGAGCCGGUAUUAUCCUCAUCAGCCCAAACGAAGACCGGCUAACCUAUGCUCUACGAUUUAACUUUAACUGCUUAAAAAAUGAAGCGGAAUACGAGGGAUUUUUGGCGGUACUACAAAUCGUCCUGGAAGUAGGGGUACAGAAGGUGAGAGCAUUCAUAGACUCUCGGUUGGUGGCAAACCAAAUAAAUGGGUCUCUUGAGGCUAAAAAAGUGUAA